CAGCCGAGAGCGGAAUCCCCGCGGCGGAAGAAACGGCGCCCGGCGCUACUUCAAUCGCCAAAGGAGAACCGGCGGGAAGGGGGGCUUUUUCCGCCGCUUCCCUAUCUGGGGAAGAAGGGCCGCAUCUUUGUGCGCUUCUGCCUGGCCGGAACGACCGCGGGUUUCAUUCUUGCCCCUGAAGUCCCAGGAGAAUGACUCAGCAAGAUGGAGAGCAACCAAAUCAGUCCCAUUCUCUCUUUGAUGCCUUUCUGCAUGCCAAGCAGUGCAAAGAGGUCUUGAGCAGAUUUGAAGAGCUGUGCAGUUAUCUGAAUCUGGAACACACUGGCCAGAUCCAUUUCUAUCACAAGCUCAAGUCUUCUAUCAAUUAUUGGAGUGCUAAAGCUUUGUGGACCAAGUUGGACAAGAAGGCUGGACACAGAGACUAUGACCAAGGAAGAGCAUGUUCAAACACCAAGUGUCUGAUCAUCGGAUCAGGGCCCUGUGGUCUCCGCUCAGCUAUUGAAUUGGCUUUCCUUGGAGCACACGUUGUGGUGGUAGAGAAGAGAGAUAACUUUUCCCGAAACAAUGUGCUACACCUUUGGCCUUUCACUAUCCAGGACCUGCGGGCCCUUGGAGCCAAGAAAUUCUAUGGCCGUUUCUGCACUGGAUCCUUGGAUCACAUCAGUAUCCGUCAGCUGCAGUUGAUCCUGCUGAAAGUAGCCUUGUUGUUAGGUGUUCAUGUUCACAUCGGUGUACAAUUUAAGGGACUCAUUCUACCAGUAGUGAACUCUCAUGGGCAGGUCAGUGGAUGGAGAGCUGACCUGCAGCCUGGCUCCUCUCCCUUGAGCCAAUAUGAGUUUGAUAUUCUCAUCUCUGCUGGUGGUGGAAGGUUUGUGCCAGAAGGCUUUAAAAGGAAGGAGACACGAGGCAAAUUGGCUAUUGGCAUUACCACCAAUUUUAUAAACAACCAUAGCAAAACUGAGGUGGAAGUGGCUGAGAUAAGUGGAGUGGCUCGCAUAUACAACCAGAAGUUCUUCCAAAAUCUCUUUAACAAAACGGGUAUUGAUUUGGAAAACAUUGUCUACUAUAAAGAUGAUACUCACUACUUCGUCAUGACAGCCAAGAAGCAUAGCUUGCUAAAGAAAGGAGUAAUCUUAAAUGAUAAGCUUGACAUAGAGAGCUUACUCUCUCCAGAAAAUGUGAACCAGGAAGCCCUUCUCGCUUAUGCCAAAGAGGCUGCCAACUUCUCUACCAACUACCAGUUGCCCACUUUGCAAUUUGCCCUAAACCAUCACCACCGUCCUGAUGUUGACAUGUUUGACUUCACCUGCAUGAGCCGUGCAGAAAAUGCAGCUUUGGUGCGUGACUGCAAUGGCGCUAAGCUGCUUAUCGGGUUGGUGGGAGACUGCUUGGUGGAGCCAUUCUGGCCCUUGGGCACUGGUGUGGGCAGAGGUUUCUUAGCUGCAUUUGAUGCUGCUUGGAUGGUAAAAAGAUGGGCCUCAGGAGUAUCCCCACUGGAUGUGUUGGCUGAGAGAGAAAGUAUAUAUCAGCGGCUGUCACAGACUUCACCUGACAACAUGAACAAGAACAUUAAUCAGUAUAGCAUUGAUCCCAACACACGAUACCCAAACAUCAACUUUCAGGCAAUCAAGAUCUCUCAGGUUCAUAAACUGUACAUUAAGGGAGAUAUAGAAAUGGAGCAGAACAAGAGAAGAAGUCGUGCCAGCCCAGAGUUAGUCUGCAAAGAAACCAGUAGAGCCUAUGAGGAGCUUCUUAAUUGGUGCCAAUCAAACACAGCCAGUUACCAUGGCAUCAAGGUGGAAAACUUCACGCACUCCUGGAAAAGUGGAUUGGCUCUUUGUGCCCUCAUACAUCACUUUCGCCCAGAUCUUCUGGACUUCAAUUCAUUGGACCCAAAUGACCCCAUUGGGAACAACCAACUGGCUUUAGAUAUGGCUGAGCAGGAGCUUGGCAUUUCUCCAGUCCUCUCCAGCACUGAAAUGGCUUCCCUGUCUGAUAAUGAGCAACUUGGCUUGAUCACUUAUUUGAGCCAAUUUUAUGAUGCCUUCAGGACUGCUCCAGAAUGGAAGGAGAAAGCAGAGAAACCUCUUGUCCCAUGUGGCACCAAAAGUGCUAUCCUGUUUCUUAGCAAGCUACAGAAGACUUUAUCUCUCUCACGUAAACGGAAUUUGGAAAAGUCUACCUGGGAUGCAGAAUCCAAGAAGUUAAAGCAAGAGGCUGGGACUUUGCCUGUCUCUCCGAUGAGGAGCAGUGAUGCCUGCUACUUCUGUGGAGAUCACAUUUACAUCCUGGAGCGGGUCAGUGCCGAAGGGCGCUUCUUCCAUCGAGGUUGCUUCAAAUGCCAUUACUGCAAAAUAACAUUGCGACUAGGAGAUUUUGUCUUCAAUGAAGAUGAUGGCAACUUCUAUUGCACAUUGCAUUCCUUGGUCUCAUCAGACAUGACUACCCCCAGCAAAGCUUCCUUCAAAGAAGCAUAUGAGGGUUUAUCCUAUGUGGACAGCCCAUCAGACAAAAAAUUUUUAGACUGGACUACUGAAGAAGAGAGGAUGAAAGAGAGAAAGAGAGAAAAAAAUCCACGUUGGCAAAACCUGGAUGAGAUUAUGUCUCCCUUUGUAGAUCAGCUGCCAGAACACCAGCCUGAACCACUUCAGAAACAAGGCAGUGAAGGCUCCAGCCUAUUCCCAUCAGAAAAGAAACGUGCCGAUACAAUAAGCUCCUCGCAGCAUCCACCUCGACUGUCCUCUCUUGUGGGAGAGAAGGAGCCGAGUGACUCUGUUCCCAAGGCUGAUUCAGCUUUUCAGAUUGAGGGAAACAGAAGAUCACCUGAAAACAAGGCACAGGACCAAACAAUUUGGAGUGGUUACUCUAAGGGAGAACCUUGUCUAAAUCUCCUUUCACAAGGACCAGGCCUUACUAUUUUGGGAGAAGGUUCAAACCCCACACUAGAGCAAAUGCAAAGUGAAAAUAUCCAGAAGAAGAAAAUUUGUUUGUCAGACUUGGAAAAGCUUGAAUUAUCCAGACUGAGUCCAAUUUCAAACCCGCUUGAUAUUUCGGAUACAGGGCUGGAAGAAUCCAGCUUCAGCAGAGAAUCAGAUUUUCUGGAGGUUGCCAGUGACAGCGAGGAGGAGGAGGAGGAGGAGGAAGAAGAAGAAGGGAACUUAGAUCUUGGGAGAAACAUGCAUUUCCUCAGCUUCACUGAAGACACUCAGUAUCCAACUUGGAAGAAGACAUUAUUGCGACGAGCCAAAGAGGCCGAAAUGAAGAGGUUUUGUAAAGCUCAGGCCAUCCAGAGGCGGUUAGAAGAGAUUGAAGUGACUUUUCGGGAUCUUGAGAAACAGGGCAUAAAGGUGGAACAAUCUCUGCGAGAAGAGGCAGGAACAGAGUCUGAACUGAAGAAGCAGUGGAUGAACCAGUUGCUCGCGUUGAUCCAAAAGAAGAACAGCCUGAUGUCUGAGGAGUCUGACCUCAUGAUUGAUGUGCAAGAGCUGAAGCUGGAGGAGCAGCAGUGCCAGCUGGAUCAAGAGCUACGGCGCUACUAUAAUCUGGAUGAUUAUUUGAAAACAUCUGAGGACCAUGAAGCAGAGAAGAUGAUCUUGUCCCAACUGGUUGCAAUUGUGAAUCAGCGCAGUGCUCUCAUCGAGAUGCAAGAGAGGAAGCGGCUCAGUGAACUUUCUGAGCAUGCUCCAGUGAUGGAACAUGCCUAGAAUAUUUGAGGUCAGGUUUAUCUGGUGGAUAAAUUUGCUGAACAUCAUUCGUAUUGGGGAAGCCAUUCCAUUCUAGACUCUGAUGAACAAGCCUAAUCUUUUGGAGCUUGAAGCAUCUGAUGCAACUACUUUUUAAAAAAAAGUAUUUUAAGGAGUAAUAAGGAAACUAUGUAGAACUGCUUUUCAUUGUUUGCAGAUACAACUGUUGAACUGUUUUAAGAAAGAAGUCUAUUUGCAGCAUUUGGAGGGAAAAUAAUAUUCAGAAUAUGUACAUAUUAUUUAGCUAUUGAUGUAUAUAUUUGCAGUUAGCAUGCUCCACUUUUACACAGGGCCUCAUCCAACAGAAAAGAUUUCUUUCAUCCAACUGCUGCAGGUGACUAUGUGAUGUAGAUGUGGUAAAUUAGGAGAGACUAUAUUGUUUAAGUGGAGAAGUAUUCUAAAAGCAAAAAAGCAUGAUCCCUUCAUGAAAUUCAGAGAAGCCUUCAAACUGUCCAGAGUUAUAUUCUAGAAGAGGACACUUAGCUAAAAUCUCUUGAAGAAUAUACAGAAUCAGCAGAAUAUUUCAGAGGAAAGAAAUAGAUGCCCUACAAUAAAAAUUAAAAAUGUCAUCAUCAAAGGACUUCUGCCAUAAUAAAUGUGCAAGGAGAAAUAUACAUCUCUCGCACGUUUUUUCAAGCAAAACAGAUGCUAUAGGGCAAGAUCUUGAAGCUGGAGCAGUACGGUUGAAAAAUGUAUGCACUUCCUGCAAAAUAAACAAUGAAUGUGGAUGAAGAUCACAAUACACUGCUCUUGAGGAAAUACUUCAAGUGAACAGAUGUUAUUUGGUAACUAAGGUCAAUUUACAAUCUGAAAGCUGCUACUCCUGGAUGGAUAUAAGCCAACUCAUUUUUCACAGACUUGCUCCAAUAAACAUAAUGGAGUGAGAACGCAAUUCUGUCUUUUGUCAUCCGUUAACUUCACAAUAGAGGAAAUAUCCAUCAAACCUUUUCAAAGUUUUUUUGGUCUUGACCCAAUUUCCUCCAAGAAGUAGCCAGGAUUAUGUUAUUUGGCUUUAAGUAAGAUUGCAAAUGGCUGCAAAGGCAGACAAUACAGUUCUUAGCUAGAGGUAAUUAAGCCAAACCUGACCCUGAAUUUGAACUGAAACCAGUUAAAAAAUAAUUUUCACAUCAAGUAUUUUUGAGAAAAAGAAAUUUAGUAGAUGAA